AUGACCGAUUCCGAAGAGGACGACCGCUCAGUCGAGCUGUCAUCCAUCGUCGCCAUCUUCCCGGAGAUUCACAUCGACCCCGUCUCGCCGUUCAAAGCCUCAUUGGAUCUACCCGUGACCUUACCAUCGCCGACCCGCUUCUGCUUCGAACAACCACUUGACCACGGCCUGCCCGCGCUGACACCUCCAACCUCUGUCGAUGGCACCAAGGCUGAGCUUGGUCCGGUCGCAGUCCGCGAUGUUCAUAUCUUAUUACACCUACCUCCUCUCAGUCUUGAGAUUCACCUACCGGAAGGCUACCCCGCCGAAAAGCCCCCCGUUGUCCGGCUCAACACUCACCCGCCAUGGCUCCCAGCGCCUACACUUGAGACGUUGACCAACGAUUGCGAAAGGUUAUGGGAAGAGUGUGGUCGGGAUAUGGUGGUCUUCACUUACAUCGACCACCUUCAGCAAUUGGCCGAAUCAGCCUUUGGAAUCCAAGACACCCCUGAUGGCGAACUUUGUCUCUCGCAAGACCUGAAGAUUGCAUUGCUAGAGUUCAACAAUAAGACCGAACGCGAAAAGUUCGAAAAAGAAACCUUUGAAUGUGGGGUGUGCCUGGAGCCUAAAAAAGGUGCCAAUUGUUACCGACUACAGCGAUGCUCCCACGUCUUUUGUGUUGCUUGCCUGCAGGACUUCUACAACACAUGCAUCACCGAGGGCGAUGUGGAUAGUGUGAAAUGUCUGGCACCGGACUGCGAUACGGCCCAUGGCACGGAUCCGGUGGCAGGGACGAUACACCGCGUCAUCCCACUCGCCACGGAUACGGUGAAGCGUUAUGUCUUCCUCCGACGCAAGAAACAGAUCGAGGCGGACAAGACUACAGUUUACUGCCCACGACAGUGGUGCCAAGGUGCUGCUAGGUCGAAGCGACACCCUAAACCGGUUGACCCGAUGGCUGAUGACGAGGCAUCUGAUGACGACGAGGGUGCUACCUCUGGUACGAAUGAAGAUACUGCACCAAUCCCUCCAGUCGAGGAGCGACUUGCAAUCUGCGAAGAUUGCAACUAUGCAUUCUGCAACAUUUGUCGAAAGGGCUGGCAUGGCGAGAUCGUUCGCUGCGUCCCACCACGUCGCCAAGAAGAGUUGACAGAAGAGGAGAAGGCAACAGAAAAAUAUCUUUCACUCUACACAACACCUUGUCCAGAAUGCAACGUGCCUUGCCAAAAACGCAUGGGCUGCAACCAUAUGCGCUGCUUUCAAUGCGAAACACACUUCUGUUAUCUUUGCUCCGCCUGGCUGGAUCCCUCGAAUCCAUACCUGCAUUACAACCGAGGCGAAAGCACCUGUUUCAACCGUCUCUGGGAACUGGAAGGUGGCGACGGCACCGAUCCAGAAGGCGCCGAAGCACUGCAUCGUAUCCCAGACGAACUCCUCAUUUUUGAGGACGACCAUGAUGACGCCGGCAGCGAUAGUGAUGCCGAUGCCGAUGUCGAUUUCGAUGACGAUGAGGACGACGGCGUACACAAUUGGGAUUUCAGCGAUGAUGAAAAUGACCAUAUCUACCUUCCUCCCCCUCCAGCUCCUGUUCCACCCCGUCCGAACCGCGACGCUGCUAGAGCUGCCGGUGCAAAUGAAGGUCGAAAUGUCGACCGUGCCGCGCGCGCUGCAGCACUGGAGCGGCAGGCACAAGCUCACGCCAUCGCAGAGAUCCGACGACGCGAGGCUGCUGAGCGUCCCCUCCGACCACUUGGACCAGGUCGGGAAGUGGUAGACUUCCGCGCUGGCUUGCAACGUUUCCUAGAGCUUGUGCAAAACGACCGCGAAGAUGAGUGGGACAGUGAUGAGCUCGAUGAUGAUGAUUUCUAA